AAACGAGGAGUGAGAUCAUGUGACUCAUAUCAAUAAGGAAGUGAGUAACGUCUUUGAAUACAAGGCGCCAGAAGCUGCUACAGACUCUAGUGUCAGACCCAAAGGGAUGCCCGCCUCGGAGUCGGUCCGGUUCGGUCGUAAACGUCCCCUGCCAUCCUGCCCGAACCCGCUGUUCCUAAAGUGGCUCACCGAGCUCCGGGACGAGGCGAAGGAGAAAGGACUGAAGAUCCAGUACACCUACCAGAAGGCAAUUAGCUCACUGAACAAAUAUCCUCUGCCGCUACAAAACGCCAAAGAGGCGAAGAUCCUACAAAACUUUGGAGACGGCAUCUGUAAAAUACUGGAUCAGAAACUGCAACGAUACUAUCGAGAAAACGGUGUUGAUGCUCCUAUUCACUCACUCCCAAAAGAAGCGCCCCCUCCUGGCAGUGGACCAGACAACAACAACAGCCUGGCUCCCUCCAGAAAGAAGAAUGCUGCAGGUGAUCAAAAGACAGAGAAAGAUGGAGGAGGGGGAAGGAAGAAGAAGAGGGAGUAUAUCCCCCAGAAGAGGUCCGGUGGAUACGCUGUACUGCUCACUCUUUACAAACAGUCACAGAUCUCAGGCAGUAAAGGUUAUAUGUUUAAAUUGGAACUACAAGCAGAAGCUCAGCACCUAUGUGACAAGUCUUUCACUGUGCCUGAUCUGGGCAGUAAGUACACCGCCUGGGCUUCAGUCAGCACUCUGAUCCAGAAGAACCUGGUGCUUAAGACUCACAAUCCUGCAAGGUAUUCUCUGACAGAGGACGGCCGGGAUUUGGCUGAGCGACUGGCAUCAGUAGAGCAAGAAACUACAGACGAUCCAGUAGGGGACAGAGAGGAGGUCCGGAGUGAAGGAGAGGAAGGAGAGGAAGAAGAGGAAGAAGAGGAAGAAGGUUGUCCCCGAGUUGUUGACCUUACUGCAAGUGAUGAAGAUGACGAAGAGAAGGAGGAGGACAGAAUACAGUGCGUCCAGCCAAGAAAUGAUGUGGACGUGGUGUCGAGAAGAAAGCCUAACGGAGAAUGUCUCCUACCAGGCACCUAUGAAAUUAUACUCUGUGUCGACUUCAUUGAGACCACUGGUGGCAGCCACCACCGGAAGCAGGAGCUGGUCAAAGAGCUGCAGAGAAACGGAGUCAGCUUUGACGUCCGGAAACUAAAUGUCGGAGACUUUCUGUGGGUGGCUCGGGAAAAAGUCGCUCCUGUUCCAGGUCAACUGCGAGCCCCUGAAUGCAAGGAGCUUGUCCUUGAUUACAUCAUUGAGAGGAAGAGGAUGGACGACCUGUGCGGAAGCAUCAUCGAUGGGCGCUUCCGGGAACAGAAGUUUCGGCUGAAGAGGUGUGGUCUUCGAAGGCCCAUCUAUUUAGUAGAGGAGUGUGGAUCGGCUGCUUCUCACCUGAGUUUACCGGAAACGACACUACAGCAGGCCAUGGUCAACACACAGGUAGUCGAUGGCUUCUUUGUGAAGAGAGUCCAGGAUGUGAGGGAGUCGGUGGCAUACCUCACCGUCAUGACUCGAUACCUGACUAAACUCUACCAGAACCGUACGCUGAUCUGUCGCUCUAGAGAGCUGGAGGGUGAUGGAGGCAGCGAUGAAGAAGACAGAGGGACUCCCUUCUGCUCUCUCAUUUCUUUUGCAGAGUUCAACCACGGUGCAGUCAAAAACAAGUGUCAGACAGUGAGAGAAGUGUUUGCCAGACAGUUGAUGCAGAUUAGCGGGUUGUCUGGAGACAAGGCAGCGGCGAUACUGGAGCAGUACAGCACCCCACACAGUCUUCUGACAGCCUACAAACGAUGUGCAAGUGAUGCAGAGAAAGAGAAACUCCUCUCCUCCAUCCGAUACGGCAAGCUCAAAAGAAACUUGGGCCCAGCUCUGAGCAGAACGGUUUAUCAGCUAUACUGUUCACAAGGAGCUCUGUCAUAAACGCUCACAGACAAACACCGUUCAUCCGAGACGUUUUCUUUGCCUCACAUGUAAAUAAGGAAGAUGUAAAUGUAAAGAUGCUCCUUAACUGAAAAAUAAUUUCACUAAUGUAUCCCAAUAAAGUUUAUUUUGAAUAGC